AUUUAUGACACAGACAGUAAAUGCCAAACAGUAAUAUUAUGUAGUUCUAAUAGAGAAGAUGGCAAUGCGUCCAUAUAAACAGGUCUCGUGAAUGAAUAUAGAGUGGUGAAUUUCUGCCAAAAUAUUCCAAUUCAUCCUUCCAGGACAGUGUUCAUCAUGGACUGUAUAGACGUAGAAAGAUUGCACCCAGAAAUGGACGAAGACGAAGAUCCCGGUGCUAAAAGAACUAAAAAAUAUAAAAUAAUCCUACUGGGACUUGCUGUUCAUGCCCUUUUACUGUUCGCAGUAUUCGAUGUAUACUUUGCCAGCCCUCUGGACCGCGGUAUGACCCCGAUAAGAAGCACUUCUUCCCCUCCAGCGAAAAGAUUGGUUCUGAUCGUCGCAGAUGGUCUUCGUGCAGAAGCGAUUUUCGGGGAAGACAUGCGAUACAGAGCGCCUUACCUGAACAGUAUAUUGAAGGACAAGGGGUCCUGGGGAGUAGUCCACACCAGAGUACCAACCGAAUCCCGACCUGGUCACGUUGCUAUGCUGGCCGGGAUCUACGAAGACCCCAGCGCCAUUUUGAAGGGGUGGAAGUCUAAUCCAGUCUACUUCGAUUCUGUGAUCAACCAAAGUACCAACACCUGGGCUUGGGGAAGUCCAGAUAUUCUUAAUAUAUUCAACAAGGAUAAGUCUCAAAGAAUACACCUCCAUUCAUACGAUUCAGAUAUGGAAGAUUUCGGCAAAAGCGAUACGGGUGCUCUGGAUACUUGGGUGUUUCAAAGAGUAAACCACUUCCUCAAAAAUGAAGUUAAGAGGUGUGUUUUGAAUUGUACCACAUACUUCAGCAGAGGAAAUUUAUUCUUCCUUCAUUUGCUUGGGAUCGACACAGCUGGACAUGGAUACAAACCACACUCUAUGGAAUACAAAAACAAUAUAAAGCUUGUGGAUGAAAAUAUAGAAAAACUGGUAGCUCUAGUGGAAUCCGUUUUUAUAGACAAAGCAACUGCUUAUGUUUUCACCUCGGACCAUGGAAUGACUGACUGGGGUUCCCACGGAGCAGGUUCACCCCACGAAACCGAGGCCCCAAUCAUUGCUUGGGGAGCUGGUCUCAGAGAAAACAAUGAAAGACAAGAUAUCAAUCAAACAGACAUUGCUCCUUUAUUAGCGUCUUUGAUAGGCAUCAAUAUCCCAACUAACUCUCUUGGUUUUCUUCCUACUGGUUAUUUAUAUGUCGGUAUACGAGAUAUGUCUGAAAUGGUCCUGUCAAAUACUUUACAGUUAUUCGAAAUCUUCAAGGUCAAAUUAAUGAAGAUUAAAACGAGUGCCUUGGUGUUCAAACCUUUCAAAGAUAUAUCAGAAAGAAAUUUGACAAGAAAAAUGACUGCUUUGAAAAAUUUGUUCAAAACCGAAGAAUUCUUUGACCUAAUAGACGAAUGUAAAGAAUUUCAAAGUUUUUUGGUUGAAGGAGUGAACUACUAUCACAGCUAUUACCACUAUCCCGUGUUGAUAAGUGUCAGUUUAGGUUUUAUGGUGUGGAUAGCGUUUCUAACUACAACUGUUCUAACUUUUGGAAAAAAACACAUCUACCGUAAACAGAACAAUACCUUAUCUGGAGUAUUGGUGGUGUUGGUUAUUUAUUUAUGUUACAUCAGCAAGUUUUCUUUGACGUACUAUUUGUAUUUCACUUUUCCCUUUAUAAUGUAUUCCUUAUCGUUCAAAAAUUUUGAAUUCUCUGACAUUUCUUCAAAGAUUUCAAUAUCAAACUUGAUCAAUAUCAUAGUUUACGUUGCUGGCAUUGAACUGCUAGUAUACGGUUUUUUCGACAGGUUUGCAUUCACUGUCAUCAUGAUUAUUAUGGCCAUUUGGGUUUUAAUUCCAGUAAGUUUGAGAGUGAAGCCGUCUAAGCUUGAAAAAAUGAUGUGGGUGAUAUGCUGCACUGUGCUUGCUUUUUUUCCAACACUUCCUGUGAUGAAAACUACCUUCAAUGUGCCAAUGUAUAUUCUUGGAUACUUAGGGUGGGUUGCUAUUUUCACUAGAAUGUACCUCAAGGAGUUCAAGGUGUACCAGAGAAUGGAAGGUCUUACAGUUGACUAUAAAGUAUUACUAAUUCAAUUUGUGUCCCUUCAAGCAGCAGCUUUCUACAUUAUUCUGCUAGAGUAUGAGUGGAUUUUCCCAGAUUCCUUCCUGAAAUAUUUGUCGUGGAUUUUACUCAUAUUGCCAAUAAUUAUUAUACCAUUGAGUAGUAAAUUUAUCAUCCUCAGACUAAUAGCCACCUUCUUUGGAUUCGCACCGUUCUAUUUGCUAGUUUCUCCAAAUUAUGAAGUUUUGUUCUCCGUGUUCUAUGUGGCUUUACUAUGUAUUUGGUUGAUAAUAGAAACAAAGCCCUUGCACUAUGGGGAUUCUUAUAAUCUCAUUUACUAUUCUAAGUUUGAGGACUAUAAAGGCAAGAACAAAAUUACCUCAGACAUGUUCAGAAGAGCAUUUUUCUUCACAGUUUUCAUCUUCUUAGGUUUCUUUGGAACAGGAAACAUCGCAAGUUUGAACUCUUUUGAUCCGAUGUGGGUCAGAGCCUUUUUGACGGUGUUCAGUCCCUUCACAAUGAUGGGCUUGAUUCUGUUGAAGUUCAUGGUGCCAUUUAUUUUUUCGUGUAGUAUUUUCAGAGCUAUAAACUCGGUUGGUAAGGAGAAUGUUUUGAAUGUCUUUUGUAUUAUCCUAAUUUUUUCUGAUCUCAUGGUGGUGCAGUUUUUGUAUUUGAUUACUAACGAAGGUUCUUGGUUGGAUAUUGGAACCAGUUUGUCUCAUUUCAUCAUAAUGGAGGGGUUCGUUACAAUUUUGUUGUUAUUGUAUGGAGUAGCUCAUUGGCUGACAAGUAUCAGUUACAAAAUUUGAAAAAUAAGGAAGAAAAACUGAUCAAUUGGUUCAUAAUACAUACUUGCUACGUAGUUCCUUUUCUAACAAUCCAGUUUUCUGGUAUAGUUCUUAAAAUGUUGACCGUUUAUAUUUCAUGUUAUAGAAUUAUUGCAUGAGAACAUUUAGUUGAAAUGGUUGAUUUAUAUGUUUGUUGUUAGGUAUUACUUUAUUUAUUCAAUUAUUUUCAUUUGCUCAUUAGUUCAUUUGUAAAUAUUAGAAAUAAUAUCUUGGUAUAUUGAUACUAGUUGUAUUAAAAUAAACUUUUAAAU